GGGUUAGACAACUGAUGAGCCCCACUUCCUUGUCCAUUUCCACCGACAACCACUUGGCCACUCGUCGCACCCCAUUUCCAUUCCACAAUACGAUGAUUCGAUAUAUCAGCGACAUAGACAGUUUGAUCAUCAUCAACAUACAAACCCAAUGUGUAAGAGAGUUGAUUGAUUCCAUUGCCUUGUCGAUUUCCUCCAGCCACCGUGAUACCAUUCUGUUGCCAUCGAGCAUUCGGAUGAAUGUUGGUGCUGGACGGAGAACGUAAUGGGUAGUCUGAAAUAGAGACAGAAAAUUUGUCUUUUCAUGAAAAUAGGAUUUGUUACAAGACGAGAAAUGUUUUUUAGUCAAAUUCUCAACUUUGUUAACAACGAUUGUUUUGUUUUAACUGUUUUGUUGGAUUCAAAAUUAUUCAUUGCAAUAUUUCCGGUUAACCACCCAUUAUUCCUUUAUUUUGCUCUCUAAUACAAUCUUUCUCAUUUUUGUGCUCCAGUUCAAAUUCAUAAGAAUCUUAGACAAGUGACAGUGAUAGAACAUCGCUGAUAUCUUAUUUGAGCAUAAAUUACGAUAUAGUACGUAUGAAUGCUUAUGAUCGAUUUUCAAGUAGAAUAAAAAAAGGAGAAUUGUUUGAUUGAAAACUCAAUAUUUGCUGUUUAGUCAGUACUGAGUUAUAGACUUAUCUAUUAUAGCUGUGCACAGUUCUUUCUCUCUAUACUUCAUUUACUACAUAUAUUUUUAAAGUCAGUAUCUAGUUCACACUUCUUAGUUGAGAAGACAUUUUCCAAAUUUGACGUUGCGGCAAGACUGGCUUUAUCAAAAGUUAUGGCGACAAAAACCUAUUUAUUCAAGAAAGGGUGAAAUUCUGCCUUGGAAUUGCCAUUGUUCUUUCGAAGGUUACACUUUUUCGGCGUAAAAAGUUCAAGUUCGUAGAAAAUUAAAAAUUCUGAGUUAGGGAAGAUAUUUUUCACCAAAUUUGAUCAAACAAAUAUCCUAUGAGGUCUUAUCAAUGAAAGAGUGUGGGUGUUGAUCAUUGAGGAGGAUCACACCUACACCCACACUUAUACAGUAAUAUGCCCACGAUGCAAAAAGAUUGCCUUUGUGAUGGAAUUGAAAUACAACAGCAUAACGAAAAUGGAAAAAGAAAAGAAUAUUCAUUAAGCUUAAAACGGCAUCCUACAAAUUACAGUCAAAUCAAUUUUGAUCAGUAUACAGAUGAAUGUCCAGAUGAUGAACUUGAUUUUCAACUAAUUAAUUAGAACAGACAGAGAAAGAAACGCUUCACAAGUAACAAAGAUGAUAGAGUUCAAGCACGAACAAUAAUAAAUUCGAAUAUUAAUAAUAACAACGAUAGAUAAAAAUGAAGUCAAUGAUAGUCCAUUUCGAAUGUCAAAGUAUGCAUAGGAUUAUGCAUCUGAAUAUCAUUUUCAAUCAAUUAAAAUUGAAUGCAAUGCAAAAAUAAAAGAUCAACGUAAAGGUUCAAAAUAUAUUCAAGCAUUUCUUAAUUAUAUUAAGGUCGACUUUCUAAGUCAAAAUGUAUCAUACACUAAACCAUUAUUAUUUGACUUGCGGUGGAUCGAUAGAGAUAGAAAUAUUCCAGCAAUUAGUAAAUCUACUGAAAUAAUUGUUUAUUUAUCGCAAGCAAAUCGUCUUCCAAAAGAAUUAAAUAAUAUUAAAAUAAUCCUACAUCCACCAAGGCAUCUGCCACCACAGUACACAUCAAUACUAAAAUGGGUUAAAAACUCCAUCUCUUUUGAUGAUAUAAAGAUGGAAAUUACAGCUAAGUACAAAUCAUUAUGUUUAAGUGAAGAAACUAUGGGGACGAAGAGUGAUCGAAAUCGUUAUCUUCGAAUCGAAUUACUUGAUAAUCUUCAAAAGUUUUAA